AUGGAUGCGGAGUCUAUUCUUGGUAGAAUAGAGCAUAAACACAGAUUAUUUAAUUCAAAGAGUUUGCGAUUCGAUAGACACGGUCUCAGUGAAUCAGAAGAGAAAAAAUUCAACAAAAAAAUAAGGAAAUUCUUGAAUGAAAUGCACAAAAAGAUGGAAGACGAGGACAUAGAUUACGUAUUGGAGUAUUUGGUGCGUAUAUAUAGCAUAGAUACGUUUAAUACUGAAGAGUUACUACUUCUUCUGCUACCAUAUGAGAGAUAUGCUGAUCAAAUUGGAAUUCUUACACAUAAUCAGAAUGUUGAAAUCAAAGAAUACAACUGGAAUCAAAUUACAAGAUAUUUUACACAAAGCAACAGGCAUUUUGAUACAUUUGUUGCAUACUUCGAUCACUACAAUGAAAUCAGCAGUUUCUUGAAUAGUUUGCUUCUUAAGAUAGCAACCACUAUAAAGCACACUAAAACAGACUAUUUGGAUGAGUUUCUGACCAUCUUUAAGAAACUGCACCAAAACAACCAAAAUGAUCUAAUUUGGGAAAUAUAUGAUGAGAUGCAAGGAUAUUUCAACAGUGAUGAAUUCAAAACCGUGUUAAGUGAGUUGAUGAAUAAAUCACUUUAA